AUGACCCACUUUGGCGAUCUUAGCAGCUGGGAGCUCGCGCAGAAGCUGAAGAAGAAGCUGCCCGAUUUGCAAGCCAGGCAAGCCAAAUUGGGUAAGAAGGUGAUUGCGGUGGGCCUCGGAAGCACUGAGAAUGCCCGUGCCUUCGCGCGAGCGCUUGACUUCCCGCUCGAUCUCCUCUAUGCAGACAGCACGGGAGCCGUGUACAGGGCACUCGGGUUCUCGCCGGGCUUUGCACCGGACGCCGAUGUGAGCCCCUACCUGAAGUUGCUCCCCAUGCUCAUGGGCAUUGGCAGCCCAGGAACCAUCCAGGAGGUGCUGAGGGGCUACAUAGGCGAUCGAAGCGCCAAGCCGGUUUUUGAGGGGGCGACACCCUUCAAUGUUUUGGGCGGCGGCUACCAGCGGCCACUUGAGCUGGCCACCCUGCGGCUGUCCAACAUGAUGGGCAUCUUGCCCAAAUGGUCGGAGCUGUGUCCUCCCGAUGAGUCACUGCUGACUCAGCAGGGCGGCAGCCUGGUCUUCCAAGGGGAGAAAGUCAUCUUCAGCCACACUGACAGUGGCAUUCUCAAAUACACUGACUUAGAUGCUCUCUUAGACGCUGUCCCAGCUGUGUAUGCGCUGCCUCAGUGA